AUGGAAUCGUUACAUUUACCCUUUAUAGAUCUGUCUGAGCAAAAUACACACUUUGUUAGUAUGAAGGUGGUCAAUGCUUGUAAAGAAUGGGGAUUUUUCAUGGUGAAAAACCACGGAAUUGAUAUAGAACAGAUGGAAGGAGUCUUUAAAAUCAGCGAUGAGUUUUUUAAUUUACCAAUUGAGGAAAAGGAAAAAUUCAGGUUUAAAGGAGGAGAAUUGCAAGCAGGAUAUUCAAAACGUAUGGGUGAAAAGUUGUAUUCAGAUGAUCCAUCUACUAAAGCCACGAAGGAAUUUUAUGACCUAGCAAGAUUUCCUCACUCAAAUCGAGAAGUUAUUAGCCCCGCCAUCCGUAAAUUCUUGCCCGAAAUGACACUGUUUCAGAAACAAUGCUACAAUCUUUCACUAAAACUUCUUGAUUUAAUCGCUCUUGGAUUAGAACUUCCAAGUGAUUUCUUUAGCAAAUACCAUAGUUCUACCGAGGACUUUAUUCGUCUCAUAAAGUAUAGCGUUCCUGAGGGAGUAGAACACAAAAAGGACGAUGUGGAUACUGAUUGUAAUUUUGAUUGUGGGACAAUCACCCUACUUAUUCAAAGAAAAGAAGGAUUUUUACAAAUCAAACCUCCAGAAGUGGAUAUUAUACCCGAUUGGGUUAGAGUUUCAAUUGACAAGGAUGUGAUUUCAGUGAACAUUGCAGAUAUGUUGCCCUUCUUGACCAAUGGUAAGCUAAAAAGCAGCAUCCAUCAGAUAAAAAUCGAUCCCCAAAUGAUGAAAGGACAACUAAUUGCUUAUUCUGCGAUUCCUGACUUGGAUUAUCCUAUAACCCGAAUGUCCGAUGAACAGCAUGGAAAAAAUGCAGACAAAACAACUGUCCGUAAAUAUAAAGAAACAAGGUUGAAUGACAGUCAAGCUCAGCAUGGUUCACCAACGUAA